CAUUUUUUUGACUGACUAGCCAAUCCAGCGCUUUGUGCCGCCUCUAAUGACGAAACAUCCGGUUGUGCAGCAGCCAUUUUGUAUGUCCAUGCAAGUCCGUCCCUCACGGUCGAAAACAGCAGUUCCCCCUUGGAAAUUAAAUACAAAUGUUGUAAUUUAAGGGAUUAUUAGCGGUUUAUGGCUAUCGAUAACCGAUUGAAAUUUGCGAUACAAGAUUAGUAAGAAGUGUUUUUGCAUUCUACGUAUGCGCCAGUUUUUUGUUGUGUAAGCGCUUGUUUAGGGCCGGAGGGGGUAGCUAUGUCGAGCGAGGAGAGCUACCUGGCAAUCCAACGGUAUCUGACUGACGAGCGGGAACCGUACGCGCCUGGUACUCAGGGAAACGCCAAGAGGAAGAUUCGCAAGGCGGCUACAUGUUACGUGGUUCGCAACGGGACGUUGUACUAUCAGCGGAGACAGAAAGGCCUUGACGAGUUCACCGAACUGGAGGUGGUGCUGCAGGCCGGGCGACGGAAGGAACUCAUCGACGAGGCACACAUCACUGCCGGAGGAGAGCACCUCAACCAGCAUCAGACUUGGGAUACAAUAUCUCAAAAGUAUUGGUGGAGAGGCAUUUUGAAGCAGGUGAAGGACUACAUCAAAGAAUGCGGGCAGUGCCAGGGGAGGCAGGAGCGCGGGCGGAGCUGGGCGGAGGACGGCGGGGGGGCGCCGCUCGGGCGGAGGCGCGGGAGACGCCGCGCCGUCGCCGAGCCCGACGACGACGAGGAAGAGGAGGAGGAGGAAGAGGAGGAGUUUUCAGAGUCCCAGGCCGUCCAUCACAAGCUCUCCAGGAACCCGUCUGCCAUGGCCAAGCACGAGCUUGUCUUUGUGGACAGCAAGGGCAUCGUGAAGCAGUUCCUUCCCAAACACGGCCAGACCAUGCUGGACAAGCUGAACCAGCAGCGGCUGCAGAACCAGUUCUGUGACAUCACGCUGCUGAUCGAGGGGGAGGAGUUCCGCGCCCACAAGUCCGUGCUGGCCGCGUGCAGCGAGUACUUCAGCCAGCUGUUCAUCGAGAAGGGCGCCGUGUCCAGCCACGAGGCCGUGGUCGACCUCUCGGGCUUCAGUAAGGCCAGUUUCCUGCCCUUGCUGGAGUUCGCCUACACCUCCAGCCUCACCUUCAACUUCUGCGUGAUGGCGGACGUGGCCACGCUGGCGCGCCACCUGCUGAUGGCCGAGGUGCUGCAGCUGUGCGAGUCCGUGCACAAGCAGGUGGAGGAGCAGAGGCUCAUGGUCUACCACAAGGGCGACGUGCACACCGUGGUGUCCGGCCAGCUGGCCGCGCCCCAGGCCCCAGAGGAGGAGCAGGAGGAGGGGGAGGAGGAGGCCGGGGCGUACGUGGUCACGGUACAGCGGGACGGCCAAGCGCUGGUCAACAUAACCGGGGACGGCGGGGCUGGCGAGCACGUUCCGGAAGCUUCUCCUGAUGGGGAACAGGGGUCAGAAGAGCCCGUGGCUGUGCUGGCUCCGGGGGAGCCUGUAGGGGUCCCUGUCGGGGAGGUGGGGGCCCCUGUCGGGGAGGUGGGGGCCGGCGAGGCCGUAGCUGUGGUCAUUCAGGGCGGGGAGGGAGACUCAGGCGAGACCCUGGCUGUGGUCUCGGCCUGCUGGGCGGCAGAGGCCCCUCCGGCGGCCGACGCCCCGCCCGAGGCCGGGGGGGUGGUGGUGCUGGAGAAGGGCCCGGAGCCCCAGGCCUUCAUCAUCAGCGUGGACCCCGGGAAGGUGGCCCCGACGGAGGCGGUGCAGCUGGCGGCCACAGCGCCCUCCGCAGGCCCGGAGGAGGCGGCGCAGGCGCCCCAGGAGCCCGCUCCGCUGCCCCCCAAACGCAAGCGGGGGCGCCCCGCCAAGGUGAAGCAGGAGGUGGUGCUGGUGGAGGCGGCCCCGGAGGUGCCGGAGGUGCCGGAGCCCAGUGCUGCCCCGCGGGCCAAGGCGGAGGGGGAGGAGGCGGUGGUGGACGACCCCUACAAGAGGCGUCUCCGGCAGCGGUCCCUGGGCGAGGGCGGCUACGUGCGUCUGCACAUGGGCCUGGAGGAGCAGACACCCGACAAGAAGGCGACACAGACCCCACGCUCUGCUGUCCAGAAGGUGGCUCAGAGGCUGGUGAAGCGGGGUCGUAUGAUACAGCCCACGAAGAAGAAGGGUGCGGAGCCUGGCGAGGAGGAGCAUUCUGGGACAGGUCCGCUGGAGCCGGAGGCCUCGGCGGAGGGAGGGGCAGAAGGGGAACACACGUGCUCAGAGUGUGGAGUCCUGUUCCCACGGCGAUACGACCUCAUUAUGCAUACACUGAAACAUGAGAAGACUCGUGGCUACAAGUGCAGUCUGUGCAACAAGGAGUUCCAGUACGCGGCGUCGCUGCGCGCCCACCUGGCCCGGCACAAGCGGCAGAAGAGCCAGCGCGCGGCGGGCGCGCGGGCGGCCCUCCAGGACGAGGACCCCGCCGACAGCCGCGCCAAGAGCCGCACCAAGCGGGAGUUCGUGUGCGACAUCUGCGGCAAGACGCUGCCCAAGCUGUACUCGCUGCGCAUCCACAUGCUGAACCACACGGGCGUGCGGCCGCACGGCUGCCGCGUGUGCGGCAAGGCCUUCGCCCACAAGCACAGCCUGAAGAUGCACCGCGCCCUGCACGACGCGCUCAAGCAGUUCCACUGCUCGCUCUGCGACAAGUCCUUCGUCAGCAAGAGGAGCCUGGAGGAGCACACCAGCAUCCACACGGGCGAGUCCAAGUACCUGUGUACGACAUGCGGGAAGUCCUUCCACCGUGCGUCUGGACUCAGCAAACAUCUGAAGAGACACCAGCCUCGCCCGGAGGUGCGGGGGUACCCCUGCUCCCACUGUGAGAAGAGCUUCUACGAGGCCAAGGACCUGCAGCAGCACAUGAACAAGCACCUGGGGCUGAAGCCCUUCCAGUGCCAGGUGUGUGGGAAGUGCUACAGCUGGAAGAAGGACUGGUACUCGCACGUCAAGUCCCACAGCGUGGCCGAGCCUUUCAAGUGUAAUGUCUGUGGGAAGGAGUUCUUUGAGAAGGCCCUGUUCCGGAGGCACGUGAAGAAGGCCACUCACGGGAAGAAGGGAAGAGUGAAGCAGAACCUGGAGAGGGAGUGUGAGCACUGCGGGAGGAAGUUCACCCAGCUGAGAGAGUACCGCCGCCACAUCAACAACCACCAGGGCGUGAAGCCCUUCGAGUGCCUGACGUGCGGGGUGGCGUGGGCCGACGCGCGCUCCCUGAAGAGGCACGUGCGCACGCACACGGGCGAGCGGCCCUACGUGUGCCCCGUGUGCCAGGACGCGCACAUCGACGCGCGCACGCUGCGCAAGCACAUGACCCGCUACCACGGCGACUACCUGCCGGGCAAGAUCAUGCUGGAGAAGGACACGCUGCAGUUCCACAACCAGGGCACGCAGGUGGAGCACGCCAUCAGCAUCCUGGCGCCCGACCUGCCGCCCGAGCUGCAGCCCGCCCGGCCGCCGCCGCCCGACGACGAGGAGAUCGAGACCGUGCUGGUCACCGAGGAGACGGUGGAGGCGGUGCAGGCGGUGGUGGGCGGGGCCGAGGACGGCUCGGGGGCCGUGGCCACCCUGUCGGACCAGAGCAUCAUGCAGGUGGUGAACUACGUGCUGUCCCAGCAGGCCACGCUGCCCGGCGCGCCCAAGCUGGACGAGAGCUUGCCCCACACGCCCGACCUCAUACAGACUGUGGAGGUGGAGGUGGCGCACAUGACCGAGGUGGAGUAACGCCGGCGGGUGGGGGGGGGG